AUGAUACUGUUCAGGAUGCUGCUAAUGGUUGUACUAACAAGAAAAGGAGAGACUGUUUGUCGACUGAGAGGUGGAGCACAACAGCCUGAAUUAGCACAGAAUGGCGACCUUAUCAUUGGAGGAAUUUUUUCAUUUCGCACAGGCCAGGAUUAUUUCACCGACACAUUUCAAUCAAUUCCAAACUUCCGAAAAUGCAACAAUUUUAAUUUUAGAGAAUUCAAAUUUGCCCAAACGAUGAUCUUUGCUAUAAAUGAGAUCAACACAAAUGCUGAAAUGCUUUCUGGUGUGAGACUUGGCUACAAGAUCUAUGACAACUGUGGGACUAUGGACAUACUGAGAGCUGCGUUGUCACUUGUAAGUGGGCUUAAAGACGAAAUCGUGGAUGAUGGCUGCAUAGACACAGAGUCAGUGCAAGCUAUCUUAGGUCAUUCUGGAUCAACUCCAACCAUUGCGUUUUUACAUAUUGUCGGAAGGUUUCAAAUACCUGUGAUCAGCCAUUUUGCCACUUGUGCCUGCCUGAGCAAUAGGAGAGAGUAUCCAACUUUUUUCAGAACUGUUCCCAGUGAUUACUACCAAAGCAAAGCUCUGGCAAAGCUGGUCAAGCAUUUUGGGUGGACGUGGGUUGGGGCUGUUGCUGUGGAUAAUGAAUAUGGCUUGAAUGGAAUUGUGGCAUUUAUCCAAGCUGCAGAAGAAUAUGGAGUAUGUAUAGAGUACUCUGAAGCAUUUUCAUCUUCUGAUCCAACCCAUGUCAUACAGAGAAUAAUAGAAACCAUCAAGCAGUCUACUUCCAAGGUUAUUAUAGCUUUUAUGUCACACAGAGAAAUUAAAAUACUUGCUUCUGAGUUGUACAAACAGAACAUCACAGGACUGCAGUGGAUUGGCAGUGAUGCAUGGAUCACAGAUUCCUCCCUCACAGACAGCAAAGGACACACCAUCCUGCUGGGGUCACUUGGCUUCACUGUUGCCAAAGCUAACAUCCCUGGACUGGAAGAAUACCUGAGGCAGCUCCACCCUUCACAGUUCCCCAACAGCCAGUUUGUCAAAGAUUUCUGGGAAGGAGUGUUUGAUUGUUCUCUAAAUGAAACUGUGAACACACAAAGACAGCCCUGUAAUGGUUUCGAGAGCUUGCAAACUAUUCAGUCUGAGUUCACGGAUGUGUCCGAGCUCAGAUUUACCAAAAAUGUCUACAAGUCAGUCUUUGCAGUAGCUCAUGCACUUGACAUUAUGAUUAAAUGUAAUGAUAAUAAAGAAGCCUUCUCUAAUAGGAGCUGUUUUGAUCCCAAAAACAUACAGCCAUGGCAGCUCUUGCAAAAUCUCAACAGUGUAAAUUUCACCACUGUGGAUGGGGAAAAAGUUUAUUUUGACAGUAAUGGAGACUCACCGGCAAGAUAUGAACUUGUAAAUUUACAAAUGACAACAACAGGGAUCAUGAAAGGAGAAACUGUGGGCGUUUAUGAUGCUUCUUUUCCAGAAGGCCAGCAGUUAAUUAUGAACAAUAUCUCAGUAGCCUGGGCAAAUGGCUUGUUAGAGGUGCCUGUAUCGGUCUGCAGUAAAAAAUGUCUCCCUGGAACUUAUAAGGUCCUCCAGAAAGGAAAGCCAAUCUGCUGUCAUGACUGCAUGCCCUGUCCAGCAGGAGAGAUCACAAUUCUAACUGAAUCGUUGCAGUGUCUUAAAUGCCCUCCAGAGUACUGGUCAAACAAUGAUAGAGAUGCCUGCAUCCCAAAACCAGUUGAGUUCCUGGCAUACAAUGAAAUCCUGGGGAAGGUGUUGGCAAUAUGUUCUCUACUGGGAAUCUUUCUUACUUUGAUCACAACACUAAUCUUUUUCACUUACAAAGAGACCCCAUUAGUACGAGCUAACAACUCAGAGCUGAGCUUCCUGUUGCUCUUCUCCUUGACUCUGUGUUUCCUAUGUUCUCUAACCUUUAUAGGCCGCCCCACUGAAUGGUCCUGCAAGCUGCGACACACAGCAUUCAGCAUGACCUUUGUCCUCUGUAUGUCCUGUGUUCUUGGGAAAACAAUGGUGGUUUUAAUAGCUUUCAGGGCUACACUUCCAGGUAGCAAUAUAACGAAAUGGUUUGGGCCUGUACAGCAGAGAUUCAGCAUAUUAACCUUUACACUUAUACAGGUUUUGAUUUGUGUGCUUUGGCUAACUAUAAGUCCUCCAUUCCCUUUUAUGAAUUUAGAGCUGUAUGAGGACAGAAUCGUUUUACAGUGUGAUCUUGGUUCAGACACUGGGUUUUAUGUUGCUUUGGGGUACAUAGGAUUUUUAGCUGUUUUAUGUUUUGUACUUGCUUUUUUGGCUCGAAAGCUCCCUGAUAACUUUAAUGAAGCUAAGUUUAUAACUUUCAGCAUGUUGAUAUUCUGCUCAGUCUGGAUUACAUUUAUCCCAGCAUACAUCAGUUCUCCUGGUAAACUAAGUGAUGCUGUGGAAAUAUUUGCAAUUUUAGCCUCUACGUAUGGAGUCCUAUUCUGCAUUUUUCUGCCAAAAUGCUUUAUAAUAUUAUUCAGACCAGAACAGAAUACCAAGAGACACAUAAUGGGAAAGACAGUCAAAACGGAUUUACAAUAUUAACAAACUCUAUAAAAAAUGUUUUCAGGUUGUGUGUUUCCAUAGUAAUAACAUUGUAACUUUUGCUACUUUUGUUAUUGCACCGUUUUCUGUGGUGAUAAAUACAUCUUUUUUUUAAGUAAGAAUGUUUGUUCAUUUAUGUUUAAAG